AUGGCCAGUCCUGUCGCCGGCGGUUACCCUCAACCCGUCGCCUCGCCUCCUCCCGUCUAUCUCCGCUCGUCGCCGCCAGUGUCGUCCGCUCAUCAGGAGGCCACCCCCCGAUCCACCCCGCAACAACCAUUGAACAAGGUGGUCGCCCGCAGACCUCUACCAGACUCUCCUCCUGGGCUGAAGAAUGAUCGGGAAUACCGUCAUUCCGCAGUUCCUCCUGUGAGGGUCAACGGUGAUGUCCCCCAGUCUCCCGACUCAGAGCAUCCGCCCCAGGACGUGUACGACGUGCCGCCGCUGCCAACCGAGGCCUUUUCGUACAUGACCAUCAGCGACCAGUCGCAGAGCCAUGCUGCGCCCCAUGCACAACCGCAAUCGCAAUUCCCCCCACGCCGAGACUCCUACGCCGCCCAGCGCUUCACCGACCCGUCCGCAGGCUUCGGACACACCCCGGCCAGUAGCGGCUCCUGGUCCGUCGUCGACCCCCAGACGAAAGAGGACCAUCUCGUCAACACCAGCUCCUCUUCCACCCUCGAGCGCGAUGUCCCCGCCGGGAGUAACAACGGCUCCUCGCGGGGCAGCCUCGACAGCGUGCCCGCCGUCGGCGACAGCUACGAACCCCUCCAGUACCACCACCGCCCCUAUCAGACCUCGCAGGCCGGGCUGCGCGCCUCGGUCGCCACCAGCUCGUCGGAGAACUUCCUCACCUCCAGCGGGCACCUCCGCCCCGCGCGGCCCCGCUCUGCGUACUCGUACGUCUCGGGACCGCGAGGGCCGCCGCAGCUCGCCGCAGGCCUCGCCGUACCUGCACGCGCGGUCGUCGUCACGCAACUCCACGGCCUCCCCGGACGUGCGGCCGGUCUCCCGGGGCCGGCUCCGGCGCAGCUCAGCAACGCGCACCUCCGCUCGUCGGUGGGCAACAAUGCCUCGCUGCUCAGCCACAAGCAAACCUUUGACAUGUACCUGGCCAACGUGAAGAAAACCGACGACCCGGCGGUGCAGUACGAGUUCGCCGUGUUCAUGGUCAACGCGAUGCGUGAGAUGCCGGCGGAGGCGCUAGACGACGGAGUCGCGCAAGUGUACGGACGCAAGGGGUCAGAGAUCACACGGGCCAGCCUCCUGCGCGAGGCCAAGUCCAUCCUCCAGCGACUCGCCGACCGUAGCUACCCAUUCGCACAGUACUACCUGGCGGACGGGUACGCAUCGGGGCUCUUCAGCAAGGGCAAGGAAGACUACGACCGGGCGUUCCCGCUGUUCGUGGCAGCCAGCAAGCACGGCCACGUCGAGGCGUGCUACCGCACGGCACUCUGCUACGAGUUCGGCUGGGGCACGCGCGUUGAGGCCGCCCGCGCCCAGCAGUUCUACCGCCAGGCCGCGUCCAAGAAUCACCCGGGCGCCAUGCUGCGCAUGGCCAAGGCCUGCCUCGCCGGCGAUAUGGGGCUGGGCAAGCGCUACCGCGAGGGCAUCAAGUGGCUGAAGCGCGCCGCCGAGUCGUCCGACGCCCAGUACAACUCGGCGCCGUACGAGCUCGGCCUGCUACACGAGUCCGGCUACGGCGACGACGUCUUUGCCGAUCCGGCCUACGCCGCGCAGCUGUUUACCAAAUCUGCGGACCUCGGCCACGUCGAGGCGAGCUACCGGCUCGGCGAUGCCUACGAGCAUGGCAAGCUGGGCUGUCCGCGCGACCCGGCACUGAGUAUCCAUUUCUACACGGGCGCCGCGCAGGGCGGUCAUGCGCUGGCCAUGAUGGCGCUGUGCGCGUGGUAUCUGGUGGGGGCGGAGCCGGUGCUGGAGAAGGACGAGAACGAGGCGUAUGAGUGGGCCAAGCGGGCGGCUGAUUUAGGCCUGGCCAAAGCAGAAUAUGCGGUCGGAUACUUCACCGAGAUGGGCAUUGGCUGUCGGCGCGACCCGCUCGAGGCGAACGUGUGGUACGUCAAAGCCGCGGACCAGGGCGACGAGCGCGCAAAGCAUCGCAUUGCGGCCAUUCGCGCGGCCGCCGAGGGACAGCAUCCAGCGCAGGCCGCUGACGGAAAGCGACGGGAUGGCAAGAAACGGUUCGGGAUUUUCUAG